UUUAAGACAGUCUAUUUUAAAGGUAAAUGCAAUCUUUUAUGGCAAUUUUAUAAAACCUCAAAAUGGUGAGACUGAAAUUAAACACUUUACAACUAGAAAUAGCGUUAUAGAUCACAAUUCAAAUUUAAAAGAUUGGUACAAUGAAAACAUUAAAAACAAAAUAUUAACAAAACUAGAAGGAUUUCAAGAACGGGAGUCAGGAUGGGCCCUUUACGAAAUAAUACAACUUAAAAUAAAUAUUAAUAAUUAUGCUCCAAUUAACGUAGGUAUUUCAACAUAUGUAGAAAUGCCUUCAUUUAUUAAAAAUUCAAAAUCAGUUAUCAAUAUUCAAAAUAACGAUAAAUUUUGUUUUCUAUGGUCAGUUGUAGCUGCACUACAUCCUUCACCGUUCAAUAAAAAUCCAAAUAGAACAACAUCAUAUCCACACUUUAGUAGAAUCCUUAAGUAUGAAGGAAUUAAUUUUCCAAUUCAAUUGAAGGAUAUAAAUAAAUUUGAAAAAAUUAACAAUUUAUCCAUUAAUGUUUUCACACUUGAUAAAAGUAGUAUUGUACCCAUUUGUUUGAGUAAAACCGAUUUUACACCUCAUAUUAACUUAUUAAUGAUUCCGUGUGAUAAUUUAAAUUGCGAUAUUGAUGAUAAAAAUAAUUUUUCAGAUUCCUCUACUGAGUUUAAUGAAACAAAUGUUGAAUUAAACAGAACAUUUCAUUUUGCAUUAAUUAAUGACCUUUCGCGACUGUUACACAAACAAAUGAAAAACAAUAAAAUUAGAAAAUGGAUAUGUAACCGUUGUCUCAACAACUUUACAUCAAAGCAGACUUUAGAAACGCAUUUAAUUGAUUGUAAAAAUUUAAACAGGACAAAAAUCACUUUGCCAAAAGAUAACGAAAAGUUUUUAAAAUUUAAAAAUUUUAAAAAUAAGGAAUUUGUACCGUUUGUAAUUUAUGCUGAUUUGGAAAGUAUACUAGUUAAACACAAUGACUUAAAAUGUACAAGUAAAAUGCAAAAGUAUCAGAAACACGAGCCUUUCAGUAUUGCAUAUUAUCUAAAGUGUUAUUAUGAUGAUUCUCUUUCUAAAUUUAAGUUAUACACAGGGAAGGAUUGUAUUACAUGGUUCGUUAAGGAACUUGAAACUUUAGCUUUCGAAUUUAAAAAUAUUUUUUUAAACAUUAUUCCAAUUAAAAAAUUAUCAUAUGAACAAGAAAAUCAACAUCUUACUGCUACAUAUUGUCAUAUUUGUUGUAAACCAUUUAGUAGUGAAAAUGUUAAAGUGAAGGAUCACUGUCAUUUAACAGGAAAUUAUAGAGGUCCAGCGCAUUCAAAUUGUAACUUGAAUUAUAAGAAUAGUCAUACAAUACCUGUAAUUUUUCACAAUUUAUCCGGAUAUGACAGUCAUUUCAUAAUUAAAGCUUUAAGCGUAGAAAUAAAAGGUAAUAUUUCUUUAUUGCCGGUUAAUAAAGAGAAGUAUAUUUCAUUCACAAAAUAUAUAGAAAAAACUAAUGUAAGUUUUAGAUUUUUAGAUUCUUUUCGUUUUAUGGCUAGCAGCUUAGAUAAAUUAUCAUCUUAUUUAGAAAAGAAACAAAAAAUUAUCACAAGGAAGUAUUACCAAAAUGAUGAAGAAUUUGAAUUAGUUCAGCGUAAGGGAGUUUUUCCGUAUGAAUAUCUAGACUGUUGGGAAAAAUUACAAGAUAUUAAAUUACCACCUCGAGAAUGUUUUUAUAGUUCAAUUUAUGAUUGUAACAUUUCUCAAACGGAAUACGAUCAUGCAUGUAAUGUGUGGAAGACAUUCAAAAUUAAUAAUUUGCAAGAGUAUGCAGAAUUAUAUCUAAAAACAGAUGUGCUAUUGCUUGCUGAUAUAUUUGAAAAUUUUAGAUCAACAUGUUGGACAACAUAUAAAUUAGAUAGUUUACAUUAUUAUACUGCACCAGGUCUUGCUUUUGAUAGUAUGUUAAAAAUAACAGAAAUUGAAUUAGAACUAUUAACCGAUAUAGAUAUGAUAAUGUUUAUAGAACGAGGUAUAAGAGGGGGAAUAUCACAAUGUUGUAAUCGCUACGGAAAAGCAAACAAUAAAUAUAUGGUAGAUGAAUUUAAUCCUAACGAACCUACAUCAUAUUUAAUGUAUUACGACGUAAACAAUUUGUAUGGUUAUGCAAUGAGUUUUCCACUACCUGAAGGAAAAUUUGAAUGGGUCCAUGACAUUUACUCAAUUAAUAUUGAUGACAUUAAUGAUAAUAAUGAAUACGGAUACAUAUUUGAAGUCGAUAUACAUUAUCCAGAUGCAUUACACGAAACACACAAAGAUUUACCGUUACUUCCUUAACAUUUAGUCCCAACUACAUCUAGCUCAAAGAC